CAAAACCUAACGCGAGAAGAAGAAAAGCUGUCAGCGCAUUUACUGGUUGCGUAGAGCGAAGAAUCACAGUCUGCUGUGUUUGUGGCUUUUUCUCGACCUUAACGAUAAAUACGUGUCACGGCAUCGCGACCAACAUGUUCAGGGGCUUCGGGACGUGGCUGGGUCUGGAGAACCAGACGCGCAGCGGGACGUCGGGCGACACGGACGACCUGCGUGCGGUGGAGCAGGAAGAAAAGGUGGUGGAAGCACAAAACGAGGUAAACAAACAGCGGCCAGCUGACGGCGGCGGAGACCCGGAGGCAGACCGAGACAUCUCCGAGCACGGCCAAGGACUUGGUGAUUACAUCUUCAGCUUUGCGUCCAGUGCCACCAAGAAGAUCUCCGAGUCGGUGGUGGAGACUGCUCAGAACAUCAAGAAGACGGUUGAAGAGGGCAAAAUCGAUGGCAUCAUCGACAAGACUUUCCUUGGAGACUUUCAGAAGGAACAACAGAAGUUCGUCCAAGAGAAGAAGGCCAAAAAAUCUGAUGCCGCCGUGCCUCCUUGGGUCGGCUACAACGAGGAGGAGACCAUCAUGCAGCAGAUCCUCGCUCUGUCAGCUGACAAGAGAAAUUUCUUGCGCGACCCUCCUGCUGGUGUCCAGUUCCACUUCGACAUGGAGCAGAUGUAUCCUCUGGCUGCAGUGAUGCUGGAGGAGGACCAGCUCCUCAACCGCAUGCGAUUCGACCUGGUUCCCAAACACGUGAAGGAAGAGGUUUUCUGGAGGAAUUAUUUCUACCGGGUGUCUCUGGUGAAGCAGUCGGCUCAGCUCACCGCGCUGGCGGCCCAGCAGCAUCAGAAGGACGGCGAGGACAGAGGGGCCGGUGUCUCGCCUGAUGACGUCAUCUUCACAGACAGCGUGAGACCAAAAACGCCCCCGGUUUCCAUCAGCGACACAGCGAAGCCGCCGCGGGAGGAGGCCGAGGAGGAGAUGUCCACGAGUCCCGGCGUGUCCGAGUUCGUGAGCGACGCCUUCGACUCGACGGGCAUCGACCAGGAGGACCUGAGGAAAGAGAUGGAGCAGCUGGUGCUGGACAAGAAGGACAGCGUCCCCUCUCCAGAGGACGAGACGGCGGACUGGGAGAAGGAGCUGCAGCAGGAGCUCCAGGAGUACGAGGUGGUGACCGAGGAGGACCACAAGGACGACCAGUGGGACCAAGAGAUCGAGAAGAUGCUGCAGGCCGACGACAGCUAGGCCCAUCCGGCACGGAGCGGCGGAACCGCGACCCGAUGGCGCAAAGGGGGGAGGGAGGGAGGGGCUUCCAAACUCUCUGUGACCCCACUGUGAUCACUCAUUUCGUAAAGCGGCCACGGUGUAGAUCCGAUAAGGGUUCAUCCGGGCGGAUCAGAUGAAGUAACGACACUUGCUCGCUCCUUCCUACUUUUAUCUACUCGCUUUCCCCUCUUUCUUUCUGAAGGGAGAACAUGCUGCUAGAGGGCGCUCCUGUACAAGUAUAGUACAUUUUAUAAUGGAAGGUUGUUUGUUUGCAAUGACAUAAAAUGAUGGUGUAUUUCUGCUUCCACUGCUGCUUUCUGGUGCGCUGUACAGUAAACUGUCCUGUAGUUCUAGUAAAGUCAAAUCUAAAGUUAAAUUUCUGUAAAUAAAGCGGAUUCAAACACAAUA